UACAGCUUUUCCGCCCGAUCCCCCCUCCCCCCAAGCGCUGCUCCGGCUGCACCGCACUCGCUCUGAGUUUCAGGCUCCUGCUAAGCUAGCGCCGCCGUCGUCUCCCUUCAGUCGCCAUCAUGAUUAUCGACCGGGACCUUAUCAGCCACGAUGAGAUGUUCUCCCACAUCUACAAGAUCUGGGAGAUCGCGGACGAGCUGUGCCUAGAGGUGGAGGGGAAGCAGAUGGUCAGUAGGACAGACAUUGAUGACUCGCUCAUUCGUGGAAAUGCCUCUGCUGAAGGCCCCAAGGGCGAAGGUACCGAAAGCACAGUAAUCAGUGGUGUUGAUAUUGUCAUGAACCAUCACCUGCAGGAAACAAGUUUCACAAAAGAAGCCUACAAGGAGUACAUCAAAGAUUACAUGAAAUCAAUCAAAGGGAAUCUUGAAGAACAGAGACCAGAAAGAGUAAAACCUUUUAUGACAGGGGCUGCAGAACAAAUCAAGCACAUCCUUGCUAAUUUCAAAAACUACCAGUUCUUUAUUGAUGAAAACAUGAAUCCAGAUGGCAUGGUUGCUCUAUUGGACUACCAAGAGGAUGGUGUGACCCCACAUAUGAUUUUCUUUAAGGAUGGUUUAGAAAUGGAAAAAUGUUAACAAAUUUGGCAAUUACUUUGGAUCUUUCACCUGUCAUCAUAACUGGCUUCUGCUUGUUAUCCACACAACACCAGGACUUAAGACAAAUGGGACUGGUGUCAUCUUGAGCUCUUCAUUUAUUUUGACCAUGAUUUAUUUGGAGUGGAGGCAUUGUUUUUAAGAAAAACAUGUUAUGUAGGUUGUCUAAAAACAAAAUGUAUUUAAACUCAUUUGAAAGAAUGCCUUUUAGUUUAAUGCAUAUUUAAACUAAAUUCAUCCUGUGGUGUUCCUGGAUAAGCUAGAGCCUGGUUGUAGGCUACUACUCAUCAAUUAACUUCUACAGUGGAGACUACUUCUGGGACUGGAAUAUAAAAAAGAAUCAAAGGUUUUGAUUUUGAGUUGCAAUAAAGGGAAAGACCAUGCUCAUAGCAGUGCCAACAUGUGAAGUGUGGAGCCUUACCCAUUUCAUCACCCACAACUGAAGUAGUUAACUGGAAGAGAUUACCAAGAAAAUAAAAAGAGACUCAUUCAGUAGGAAAAAAAAAAA